AUGACUUUUCAUCAGCAAGAUAACAUCGAAGUUGCAAGUACACCACCACAAUAUUCUCGUUCGUCAUCCGAUGCCAAUGAUCCUAAUGUCAAUUGGUUUUCUCAACCAGGCACUUUUUGGUGUCCAUGGAAAGAUGGAAAUUGUACAAAUACUCUUAGUGUUCCAGGUCAAGGUGUUGUCGAAAUCAUGCAACUGAAAUCGAUACCUUUCGAAUUACGCCUAUCGAAUAAGAAAGAUGCAAACAAUCCUACUGCCUACUCGAUAAUACUUUCGAUCGAUGCAAACCAAGUUAUAUUGCGUACAAGUUCUGGAACAUCAGACUCAUCAACUGAAUCGCUUCAUACACUCCAAUCGGAUGAUGGAUCUUGGCAUACAUAUUGGAUUAGUUUUUCUAAAAUUACACUAAAGGCUAUAUAUGGUAUCGGUGAAGUUCGUCCAUUCUUUACUAUUUUAAAUAGUGAUCUUAAGAAAGAUGAUUUACAACAAAUCAAAGAAAUUCAAUAUAUACAUGUUAAAAUGAAUAAUAACGAUCGAAUGCUAAUAAAUUUAGGUCAUUUAAGAGAUAAACUUCGUUUUUAUAUAGGACAGGAUCCUGUUAUAGAAGAACCACCAUUGAUUGUUUUACCACAAGAACAAUAUACACUUGAGCAUGAGAUUAAUCAUUCAGCCGUGCUCGUGAAUAAUUUACAAAAACCAUGUCGUCAAUUAUAUCAUAGUAUUUAUAAUUUCAAAUUAAAUACGGAUGAUUUUCCAGAUUUUGUUGAUGUCAUUGAAAGAAGUAUUAGGAAUCCGGCAGGAUGGUGUCAUACAAAAUUAAUGGAAAAAGCAAAUCGUUUUGGUAAACCAAAUUUUCUGGUAACUUAUUUACGUAUUACAGCAGGAAGAGUAGAAGGACAUGCACCAGGUCAUUCUUAUGUCAUCGAAAUGUGGCCACCGGGUCAUGGUAGUCCUAUACAUAAACAUGGCAAUGCGUAUUCUAUUAUUCGAGUACUUCGUGGUCGAAUAUUGGUCAAACUCUAUCCACAGUUAAUACUGAAUACUAGUCUUUAUAAGCCGAUCGAAACAAUAUUCGAAGAAGGUCAAGUAACAUGGAUGUUACCAAAAUUAAAUCAAAUACAUCAACUUCAAAAUAUUGAUGUACAUGGCAAAACUGCUAUUACCAUUCAAUGUUAUAAAUAUGGACGAGAAGAUCGAGAACAUUAUGAAUACUUUGAUUAUAUAGCGAAUGAUGGAAAAAGCAUCGGUCAUUUUGAUCCAAAAUCUGAUAUGGACUAUAAUGAAUUCAAAGUAUUAAUGAAACAAGAACGACAAAACAUAUUUUAG